UUAUGAAGGGUACUUCAGACCUGUCAGAGCUCUUAAACAGCCAAUACAAGACCGAAAGCAAGCGUGUUUUGUGUGGCGACUCGCGAGAGAACUUAAUAAAACUACUGCAUAGGAAAAAACAAACAUCUUAGUGAACUGCUGAUGCGCACGACCAAACAGAGUUAUUGAAUAACAGCACUUAUUGAAAUGAAGACGCACUUUUUGUUUUUGUUUUAUUCCGAUUUUUAGGUGGCAAAGCUGUAAAAAUGGCAAAGUUGACAUUUCUUUGGAAUAUGCACGCUUCAUUGCCACACUCCAUGCACAUGUGAUGCUGCGCGCACGGACGAGUGAGUGUGAGUGCUGUACUUUCACAUGAUGCGCACGGGGUGACGACAGUCUUUCAUCACAGCACCCGUUUAGACGUAUUAAAAUAACUUACGGACAAUUUUAAGGAAAACUUAAAGAUGAGGAAAGAUGUCUAUUCUGCGCGCACUGGACGGCUGAAACGGGAGAAGCACGCCAAAUUGCGCAAGAAUCUCUUCUCUAUUAAGUGAGUCUAAAGCGCGUGCCGCUUCUGAUAAGUGGAGUCGACUACUGGAUAUUUAUGUGUAAAUAUAUCGGAAUUCAACAGGAAGUCUUAAAGUCUUUGCUUGAUGUCAUUAAGUGAAUUUUGAGGAAAAUGAGGACUGAAGAAAAUGUUAUUCUCACAUCUGCCUUCAACAGCAAUGUAAGAUCUCUUGUUGGUUAUCAUGCAUUCUCUCAUUCUGGAUCAUCACAGUAUGGUCGGACGCGCGUCUGUUGUCAUUCACGAGGACAAAUCGGACCGACGCGGCGGUAACUGAUCGAUAGACUGUACCGAUAAAGCUCAUAUAUAAGGCUAAUGACCGAGCCUGCCCAUGUUUGAUUAACCUGUGUGGGAGAGUAUGCUGUGGGACAAACUGCUGACGAGGUACUGAAUGAAUAAACAGACAGACUUAAUAAGACAUUAAUCCAUGUUUGCGUACAAGAUUAAACCAAAUUUACAUUUGGAUUUUUUGUGUGCAUGUAACCAAAUCAUGUUUAUUGAACAGAUCAGUGGAAGCUCACGCAUCAGUUUUUUGGCUCUCAAAGAGAUUUUAGUGUUGAAAUUAUGACAUGUGUUUUGAACGAUGAUGUCUACAGUCAGCGGAGUGAUGAACCAUCAACCAGUUGCUCGGCUGUACAAGGCUGCUUAGUUUCCAUCGUGUGCACUCUCGGUUUGGACCUGAUCUGGAAUUAUGGGGUGACUGCUCUUUCUACUCGAUGAAAAAGCCAUGGAUGUGAACUACUCCACAGUGCUGGACAGCAGCGUAUCACAGCGCAAUUCUUCAAAGCGAGUUCUAACCGGUUGUUUCCUCUCGCUGCUCAUCCUGACCACCCUGCUGGGCAACACGCUGGUCUGCGCUGCGGUCACAAAGUUUCGCCACUUGCGGUCCAAAGUCACCAACUUCUUUGUUAUAUCACUGGCUAUCUCAGACCUGCUGGUGGCCAUUUUGGUGAUGCCGUGGAAGGCUGCGACCGAAAUUGUGGGUUCCUGGCCAUUUGGCGCUUUCUGCGAUGUCUGGGUGGCCUUUGACAUCAUGUGCUCCACCGCUUCCAUCUUAAACCUGUGCGUCAUCAGCGUGGACCGCUACUGGGCCAUUUCAAGCCCGUUUCGCUACGAGCGCAAAAUGACGCCUCGGGUGGCGUUCAUCAUGAUCAGCGUGGCGUGGACGCUGUCCAUCCUUAUCUCCUUCAUUCCCGUGCAGCUAAACUGGCAUAAAGCCCAGGCGACCAGCUACACGGAGCUGAACGGCACCUUCGGCGAGCUUCCCCCAGACAACUGCGACUCCAGCCUUAAUCGGACGUACGCCAUCUCUUCUUCGUUGAUCAGUUUUUACAUCCCCGUGGCUAUUAUGCUGGUCACCUACACCCGUAUAUACCGCAUCGCCCAGAAGCAGAUACGCCGGAUCUCCGCCCUGGAGCGAGCGGCUGAGAGUGCCAAAAACCGUCAUAGUAGCAUGGGUAACAACGCCAGUAUGGAUUCGGAAAGUUCCUUCAAGAUGUCCUUCAAGCGUGAAACCAAAGUUCUCAAAACCCUGUCGGUCAUCAUGGGCGUUUUCGUGUGCUGCUGGUUGCCCUUUUUUAUCUUGAACUGCAUGGUUCCUUUCUGCAACCCGAAUGAGAGCGGAGACUUCCCGUGCAUCAGUUCCACCACCUUCGAUGUUUUCGUCUGGUUCGGAUGGGCCAACUCCUCGCUCAACCCCAUCAUCUAUGCCUUCAACGCUGACUUCCGAAAAGCGUUCUCCAUCCUGCUGGGCUGCCACAGACUCUGCCCUGGGAGCAACGCUAUAGAGAUUGUGAGUAUUAACAACAACGGGGCUCCUUCGUCGGCUUCUCACUAUCAGCCUAAGUGUCACAUUCCUAAAGAGAGCAACAACAGCAGCUAUGUGAUCCCACACAGUAUACUUUGCCAGGAAGAAGAAACACAAAAACCUGAGGAUGACUCUGGGGUUAAGGCCUUCGAGAAACUGUCUCCAUCCAUGUCGGCCAAUUUGGAUAGUGAUGCUGAUGUUUCCCUGGAAAAGAUCAACCCCAUAACACAAAAUGGGCAGCACAAAUCUGCACCGUGCUGAGUAUUUCUGGCAACAAACGACAGCUGCAAAGAAUCCUGUAUUACCGCGGCGUGGAAUCCAAAUAAAGCUUCACUGAGAACCUUAAAAACAUUUUUGGACCAAAAACAUUAAAUGAAACGUGGAAAUCAAAGAAUGUUCCAAUUGAAGGCACUUUAUGCUGGAUAACUAUCUGCAAAAUGUUCGCAGCAGCUUGUAUUAUUGACGUUAACAGGUCAGUUGUCGCAAGAAAGUAAUGUGAAUAAACCAUGUAUGCAUAUGUAUACAUGUUAUGCAUUUUUCGUUUGUGAUAAAACUUCAGUUCGAGCUGUUUGUUCAGUAGUGAAAUAUCUUGUUACGGCUCACAAGUAGAGCUAUGUGGUGCAUCUACUGUACUGUCGACAACAAAAUGUACAUACUGUUUAUAUUUUUCACCGUUUAUCAGAGUUGGCCAAGUCCACAUCUCUUUGCGCUGCUACAGUAGUUGGUAUAAUUGUAUUGCAGCAACAUGAUGUACAUGUGCAAGCCACCCCAUAAUGUGACAAAGAGCCAUUUUUGAUUCAGUCUUCUAUGUGCUUUGGUGUGAUGUUGAAGAAAUUGCAGUCGGGGGAAUGGAUUUUCUGCCAUUUGAUUUAUCAGCUGUGGAAGUGGGCAUGAUAUUCGGAUGUGAUUUUUUUGUAUUUUUUUUGUAAAAAAAAGUUUCUUUCCCCAACCCUUUCUCUUUCCGUCAACGCUUCACUUGUCACAAUGCAAGACAGCACAGGGCGACCCAUAAUCCCAGUGGUAAUCUUACCGGUCAUUCUGUUGUCAUUCUUUCCCAUUUAAAGCAUUUCAAAAGGACAAAAUGCUUAAACCCCACGCGUAAGAGGCCUGUCAGCGUAUUAGUGUCCGUGACAGGGUUCAAUUCCUACGUCUUUGAAAAAUGCCUGAUUUGGAGAUUUGGAUUUGUAGCUAUUUCAGUCUCAUUAAUUCCACCCACUAUAAAUGCAAUUUCAAGUGCAUUUAAACGAAAACAAGAAAUCUUUCAGUUUCUUUCGCCAAAUCUAUGUGGAUGAGUUUUGCUAAUAUAGCUUUAGUGUACACAUUCAUCUAACCACCCAGAAAGCAGCCGACAUAUUGUGACCUUUUGAAAGCAGUUGACACCACAGGAAGCGCUCUGUAGUACAUCUUAGCGCUUCAAAGCAUAUCUAGUUUGAAAACAAUCUUGCAUAAUUCUGUCUCUGAACUGUUAUGUCAGCUGUCAUGGGAGCAUAUGGAUCAUUAGGAACAUAUGCACAUCCUUAGGUACAUUGACUCCAUGGAGCAAUUGAACCAAUAUAACUCAGUCGCUUCUUGCCCAGACGAAUUCUGUGUCGUACGUCGUCCUACUUUUAAUAGAGUCAUUUGUUGAGCUGUUUUGUAAAGUUAUGCAACCGCCCUUGAUCUAAGUUAAUUCCUGGGCCUACCAUACAGCGCGAGCUUCCCACGAACAUUGGGAUUUGACUGAAUUGACAAGCCAAAUGCAAAGCAAUGUGAUUACUGUAAAUCAAUGACAAUGGAUUUUUCGAGACAUAGCUUUCAACAGAUUCUCCCUUUCUGAAAACUGAGCAAAAUUUGUCAGGUUUCGCCUUUUGAGUGGAUCGUUCACCCAAAAGUAAAAAAACUGGCAUCAUUUACUCACCCUCAAGUUGUUUCAAACCUGUAUAAAUGUAUUUGUAUGUAUUUGAAGAUAUUCGUAAUAAAGCAGAAAAUAGGAGCAACA